GAUCCAUUUAAGAUUGUUGCACAACCUUUAUCUACAUCUCGUGUUUUUUUCUUGUGCUUUGUUCAUGUGCAACAGCUUAACAGACUGAACUGUGCAUUACAGAUAAACCCGCCCUGACUUGCCGCGCUUUACGUUCAGCCUUUCUGCUUUAACUUGUCUUUCCAGCAGAGCUGUUUUGGGAGGCGAUGAGAUUGGUGCCGGAUAAUUUUCUGUUUUCUCUACCUUUCUUGGUUUUGUUUCAUAUGAAUCUUCUGCAUCAAAAAGAAGAUACCUGAAAUAAACCCGUUCUUCCCCUUGUUGGUUUUAUUUAUCCGAUAGCUUCAACUCUUUCACUAAAGAUUUUGUAUUUUAUAAAGGACAGAUGUUCUCAGAAAUCCUGAACCUGAGAAGAAACAUUCGCCUAAUCUGAAGCAGGAGAGGUGUGUCAAACAUGCUUCUCAUUCCAAACCUAUAAAGACGCCAACCUGUGCAUUGUUCAACCUCAUUUUGCGUGCAUGCAGUGUUGGAGUCAUCACCCUUUCGAUAUAUGACCACUGGAAACCUGCAACUCGAUAGCAAACUGGUGCCUAUUAAAGACUUUUAAGGAGAGAGAAGUUUGAAGGUGAUAUUUGGAAGAUUUUUGUAUUUUAAUCAUGUUUUCUCAGGCAGAGGAUGACCUUUCUUGUUCCGUCUGCCAAGAGAUCUUCAAGGACCCCGUUGUCCUCCAGUGCAGCCACAGCUUCUGCAGAGCCUGCCUGCAGUGUUGGUGGUCUGGGAAGCAGAUCUACACGUGUCCUCUUUGUAAGGACAUUUCUCCAUCCAGCGAUCCGCCUUGCAACCUGGUGCUGAAGAACCUGUGUGAGGGUUUCCUCCUGGAAAGAGAACAAAAAGCCCCCGCGGAGUCCGAGGAUCUCUGCCCCGAGCACCAUGAGAAGCUCAGACUGUUUUGUCUGGAGCACCUGAAGCCCAUCUGCCUCGUCUGCCGGGACUCUAAUGCCCACAGAAACCACAGAUUUGUGCCCAUCAAUGAAGCUGUGCUCCAAUGCAGAGAGGAGCUCAAUGGCUACCUGAUGUUCUUAAAGGAAAAACUGGAUCUGUUUAACCGGGCUAAAGACAACAUGGAACAAACUGCAGGACACAUCAGGGUCCAGGCCGAGCGGACAGAAAAGCAGAUCAAAGAUCAGUUCAAGAAACUUUAUCUGUUUCUAAAGGAGGAGGAGGCGGCCAGGAUCUCCGCUCUGAGAGAGGAAGAGGAGCGGAAGAGGAAGGUGCUGGAGGAGAAAAUCCAGGCUCUGAAUUCACAGAUUUCAGCCAUGUCAGAAAUAAUCAGAACCACAGAUGACAAGCUGGUGGCUCCAGACAUCUCAUUUCUUCUGAACUACCAGACAGUAAAGUUAGGAAUCCAACGGCGCCCCCUGCUGGAUCACACUAAGCCAGUAUCAGGAGUUCUGCUAGAUGAGGCCAAGCAUUUGGGCAACCUGGUGUAUGAUAUCUGGAUCCGGAUGAAGGCGAUGGUCUCUUUCUUCCCUGUCAUCAUGGAUCCAAACACAGCCCAUCCAAAACUGGUCUUCUCUGAUGAUCUGUCCUCCGUAACGUUUGGACAGACACAGAAGCUCCCUGACAACCCAGAGAGGUUCGAUCAGCACCUCUGUGUCCUGGGCUCAGAGGGCUUUGACUCAGGAACUCACCACUGGGAUGUGGAAGUUGGACGCAGUAAAUGUUGGGGCGUUGGAGUGAUAAAGGAGUCGGCUCAGAGGAAAGGCCAAAUACAGACGGGUUACUGGGAAGUUUGUCUCACUGAUGGGAACUAUGAAGCUUCCUCCUCGCCACAGCCAGGUAAAUCUCUGUCCGUGAAAAACCUCCAGAGGAUCAGAGUUCAGCUGGAUUUCAGCAAAGGGAGGCUUUCCUUCAUCGAUCUGGAUACGAACAAAGUCCUUCACACCUUCAGACAUUCCUUCAACAACAGACUCUUUCCUUACUUUGCCAACAGCGACGAGUCUGUCCUGAAGAUUUUACCAGCAGUUAUCUCUGCAGAGUAGCAUGCAGUCUGUCUGGCAGCAGCCUUCUUGUUUUGAUGAAAUUAGCAUGCUUUGAAUUCUUUUUGUUGUUUAUCUCUAUUAUUGCUCUUAUCUUAUCGAGUGUCCAUCGGUGCAGUGGAAGUAUUCAAACCUCUUCAACUUUUCUUUUCUACCUUAAAACAAACACCAUUUAAUGGAAAUCUGUUUUUUGUUGCAAUAAGUUUAUAUUGCAUAAUUUAAGAAAGUAAGACAAUGUUUUUGGUUUUGUUUCUCACUGGAGGUUUCUUCCUGCUAAAAGGGAGUUUUUCCUCUCCACUGUCGCUACAAGCAUGCUUAGUGUGAGGGAUUGCUGAAGAGUCAAUGAGUCGAUGCAAUCAGCCGGUUUUCCUUAGAUAGAAAACAUUGAAUCAAUCUGACUGGAUGAUCUGGUGAACUGGAAAUUGCCUGAGAUGACGUGUGUUGUGGAUUGGUGCUACAGAAAUAAACCUAACUGAAUUAAAUGCUUUUAUUUGUCCUUGUACUGAGCAAAAAGAAACCCUAACCCUGAUAACAAUGAUAUUUAAAUUCAAGUGCAUGUUUUUGUGCUAAAAUAACAUAAA